AUGGACGGAGAUCCUUACUUUGGCAAAUUGCCGGCGGAGCUACUGGGCAAGAUAGCCAUCGCGCUGCCGCUUGACGAGGCGGCGAGGACCAGCGUCCUCUCCCGGCGAUGGCGGAGUCAGUGGAGGUCGCCGGCGUUGCCGAACAGCCACUUCGCCGGCAACGGCAUCACCAAGUUCAUGCCCGACGGUUACCCAAUCUCGUGCUUCGACACCGUGGGUGAAUUCCUGAGCUGGGUCGACCAGGUCAUCCGCCGGCGAGAGCCCUUCCCUCUCCGCCCGGCCCGCACCAGGCUGCGAUACCGCCGUACCGAGUUCUCCAUCGACUCUCUGGGACUGAAUUUUGAACCGGAGGAUCCCAAUUACGGAUGGAUCGAAUUCAAUAAUGACUGA